AUGGAGAGGAAGAAAGAAAAAGGCCAGGCAGGAGGAACCACAGCCACGACGCAGCUUUUCUCCGGCUUCUUCCUCGCUCUGUCUCCAGAUCUGGUGUACUUCCACAAGGAUGAAAUCAUUAAAAUUUGGGAUUGUGUGUCUGAGUGCUGUCGCCAGGACCUGCUGCUGAAGAAGAGAGUUGGGCUGAUGGGCCUGGGUACCAUCCACAUUAUGAAGAAACCCAUCUGGCAUGGAGAAGGGGAAGGUUUCAUGGCAGACACGCCGGAGUUUGAGCUGAGCAAGCCCCUUCCCCUGGUGGGGAAGAAUCUCCGUCAUGGGCAAAGCCCUGUGCCUGGGAUCUCCAGAGAUGAUGAGCUGAUCUGUGCUGAGGUGGCCCAGCACCUGCACAAGCCCAAGGCCACCAUCAUGACGUGCAUCAAGGCCACUCUGCAGAUCUGUGAGUGGGCCCUGUCCAGUGGGAAGAACUUUGACUUUGUGUUCAAGGACAUCGGGGUCCUGCUCUGCCGCGGGAAACACGUGGUCAUGAGGUUCUUUGAAGGCCUGGUCCAAGAGGUGGCUCAGUUACAAGGCCUGGCAGAAGGGCUGCUCCAGUCACUAGAUCUGAAGCUGUUGUCCAUAGCCCAGCUGGAAAAGGACAUGUCCCAGAUCCCUGCUGGAGGUGUCUUUGUGCUGCCACACUUUGUGCAGGCAGAUGGGAAGUCCGAGCCACAUCCUCUAAGUGCUUUGCUACAAGACGCUGUCACAGCAACCAAAACCAAGACCAAGCACCAAACAAGACCAGUUUGCUGCCUCCAAUUGAGAACUCUGUGA